CAUGGUGUGGACAAAUUUAAUACAGCAAAAACCUCUUCUUCGAGACAAAAAAAGAUAAAAGAUAAAACCCCUCUCUCUCUCUUCGCCUUUCUCUCUCUAAAAGGAUCGAAAAACCUCGGCUCUUUCUUUCUCUCUCUAGGGUUUCUCGAAAGUUCGCAGUGAAAUUCUACUGAGCCAGCUUUCGAAUCUGGUCUCCAAGCUUGGCUUCUGAUCUUCGCCAUGGGUUGGUCUAUCUUUUGGUGCCGUUUUCUCGAUCGAUAGGGGCGCGUGGUGAAUCGGAGCCCCGAGACGAUGAUGGUGAUGAUGAUGGCGACGCGCCUGCAGGGACUACUGUGUAGUGUCGUUUCAUGUGAAGGUUAAUUGCGUUUCGAGUUAAUUAGUUGGGAACCUAUCUAGUUAGGUAGUAGCAAACAAAGAUCGGCAAGACACAAGCUGGCUCAGUAUUCUAAGAUGAAGUCAACCAGUGUUAUGAUGGAAGAGAAUAAUCAAAAGGGUGAUUCUGGUACUGCCAAUGCGGGAUCAUUUGUUAAAAUUGAUUCAAUAUCUAUAGAUCUCGAUGAUGGCAUUGACAAGAGUUAUGUGGGGACUAAGUGUGAACAUUUUUCCAUACGUGGAUAUGUAUCUGAAAUUCGGAGGCAAAACUGGAAGUUGUGCUGGCCAUUUGCUUUAGAUGAUGAAAAGAAUAAGGUUGAAAAUGAAACAUCUUCUCUUCCUCCUUUAAUUGCUCCAAAAUUCAAAUGGUGGUCUUGCCAAAGCUGUCUGCAGGAAACCAGCUCAAAAGGCACUGUAAAGGUUUAUGAUAAGUCUCGCGCAAUCGGAUCUCAAUCCAAUGACACUUCCUCUCUGAUGCCAUCCUUUUCUAGUUCUGUCACACAUGAUCUACCCAAUUUUCCGCAAGAUCCAUCUCGAAACAUGGUUGAGAAGACCAAAUUUGAUGUCAACACUUUUACCGAGGUGAAUAGGAGCGGGGACCAAAUUCCCUGCUGUAGUGACAAGAAAAAAGACCAAAUUCCCUCCUGCAGUGACAAGAAAAAAGUGCUCGCUGCAGAUGCACCUAUUAGCUUCACAGGGCACAAAAAUGGCUUAGAAAAUCAUGUGGUUCGUGAAACUUCUGGAAAAACCUUUGUCCCAGCACAAUGUGAUCCUAAUUUAGCACAAUGUGAUCCUAAUUUGAUGCAGGAGAAACCUAAAUGUGCCGCAGAAGCUAUAAAACUGGAGCGGAACAGACCUUUUGAACUCUGUAAGCAUAGCUGCAGAAAACAUGACAAUAUGGAUAUUGAGUUUGCAAUCCACAUGGACAAUUCUAAAAGCUCCACCAAGAUGCUUCAAACAGAAAAAGAAAAUUUUGCAGAUAAACAACACAUGGGAUUGAAGAAAGCUUCUGGGACAUCAGUUUUAGCCUGUUUGCAUGAUGAGGCAGGUAAUGAUGUCAACAGACAAACAAAUGGAUUAGGUUUCCGAGUAUUAGACGAGUGUAAUAAUGCAUCAUCUGAAAGUGUUGAGAUCUUAGCUGGACAAAAUCUUCAGGAUCAUAACAGUGAUAAGUCAAGUGGUUUACAACGUAAGAAAACUCGAAAGGUGCGUCUGCUGACCGAGUUGUUAUGUGAUAAUGGAGAUGCAAAGAUUGAUCAUAUCCGCAUGGAAGACUCUCUGUCUAAUGCUAUUGACAAUGCAUCUGCUGGGGUAGGAAUGGUUUCUGUUCCCGUAGGUCAGGUAUCUUUGCCAGAAAAUGGUAGAGAGGGGUUGGGUGAUAAUAAGAAAAGGAAAUUGCCUCAAGAAGAAGGAUUGAAAUUGACAGAGUUGAGCUCUCAGAGUAAUAUGAAUAAGAAGUUUAAAAUCUUCAAGGGAGGAGAAGAAACUGUCAGUGCAAUUUCAAAUUCAGUAUUAAAAGAUGAUUCCUCUGUUGUAUUCAAUUUGCAAACUGGUACAAAGAGCUCUUGGAGUGAUAGAAAUGAUAGAAAUACUGUCGCGAUAAAGAAGAAAAAUAAGAAAAACCAAAUAAUUGACAAGCAUCCUUCUUUAGUUCCAACAGAAGAAACUAUAUUGAAUCAAACCCCUGAAGAGGUUGGGAUUUUAACUAAGGGAACUACUGUUGAUGUUAAAGUUUCUCUCAAAGAAGUGAAAGAUGCAUCAACUAGUAGAGGGAUGGACAAAACUCCUGUGGGAUCUUCAAGAAAGGAGAGGAAAUCAUUGCUUAAGAAGAAAGGUAAGAUGGCACAAGUUGAUGAUGGACAGGCACCUCAAUUUCCCUGGAAUAGAAGCUUGCUCAAAAAGGGUUCAGCCAUGAGGAGUGAUGAAGUUGUGCACAAUGGGCCUGUAAACGUUUCGUUUCAACAGGAAGAAGAUGCUUGUCAGGAUAUAGAAUCGCAUCUUUCUUUUAGCAGCUACUUGGCCACACAAAGGGACAAGUAUAAUAAGAAAUUUAUUCCUCAAGAUAAAGAUGGCCUAUCUUCCUUGUUAUCUUGGAAGGAAGGCACCCCCAUGGAUCAAGUCACAAGAAAAAAAGUGGAUACAAAUUACAUAUCAGAUUCGAGCAUUCCUUCUAAUUCGACCUAUGCAUUUUUCAAUAAGCAAGUGCAUGCUGAAGUCAGUAGUAAAUUAACCAUGUACAAUUUUCCUGUUUUGAAUGAGAAGCAAAAGAGCAGCACUCAAAUUGAAGAAGGAUAUUGUUCUCUUGUGAAGCAAGUGGAUAUUCCUGGUGCAAGCAACAAUCUGCAAACAAUUAAAGGCAAGGAGCGUUCAGCAGUUUCUAGAAAACAUGCUGACGAAAUAACUCACACUGUAUCUGAGCAGGGACCUUCAGAUGACAUACCCAUGGAAAUUGUUGAACUCAUGGCAAAGAAUCAGUAUGAGAGGCAUCUAGACACUGCUCAAAGAAAGAAAAUCGAGUUAGAAACAGCAAAGGAGGCAAGAAAUAAUCAGAUUAUAUGUUAUGAUAAAGUCUAUGGCACUAAGGAGAUUGGAUUAUUUGAGGAGACCAGUGAGAGAAAAAAAAUUUGUGCCAGGAGUGAAAGAAAAGACAUAGGCACAGUAAGGAAAAAUGUACGACCUGCCAAACAGAAGUCAGUUGAGUAUUUUUCUCCUAUCGAUAGAGACCAAUUUGACAUCAAGCAAAAGGAUCAGAAAAAGUCUUCUAGUGUUCAAUUUCCUUCUAUUAAUUCUGGUCAAUGUAGUUGUGCUCAAAAUUGCAAAUGGAAUGGAGAUGUGGUGGGCUGUGGAUUUUUUCAAGCUCGCAUGCAAAUAGGAGCUUGCGACACAUGCCAGAUUGAUUCAGCCCGGAAAGAAGAGGCAGCUCAUUUCUGGUCAUCCAAAAUACCACAUCAUGCGCCUGUAAGACAUAAGGUUCCUCAAAAGUCUGUCUCUCAGCGUACUAACUUAGAUGUGUUUUCCAAUGAUCCUGGUUUUUUUCAUAAGGGGAAUAUUCUGGACAGGGAGCAUGAGCUGAAGUUUUUAAAUCGAAAUGCUACCAAUCUUGAAAAGCAUAAUCAAAAUGUUGGUUCUGAAACUUUCAGCAGAAGAAAUGUAGAGUAUCCAUUUUCUAACAAGCAUAAUGGGAUUGAACUUCAGCAAAAUUUGAUGGGAUCUUUAGAUCUGUAUUCUAAUGAAACUAUACCUGCAAUGCAUCUGCUGAGCCUCAUGGAUGCAGGGAUGCAGUCAGGUGCAGCUUUCAAGACGGGUGGGAACUCAAAAUUCCUCAAGAGGGUCUCUCCUCCUGAUCAUAACUCCAAGGAGUAUUCUCUUUUGGAUUUUGGUGUUCAUAACAAGCACAGUGAUACUUCAAAAGACCCACUUGAUUAUUAUUGUAAAAAGCAACUUUCUGAGAAAUCCCAUGAUUUAUUCUCUGUCAAUGCAACAAUUGGUCCCUCUAGUUCAUCGUCUCUUCAGAGUAAAGGUUUUGAAAGGGCUAAUGACUUUAUGGAUCAUGUUUCCUUUUCUUCUAGAAGAAAAGAGAAGGUACAAAGCUCUAGUUCAGCUGCACAGAAUCGAGGUCGUAGAGCUCUAAAUUCUAUGUUUGCAAGUGGUGGUUUUGGGACAAAUCACAGUGCCAUUCCUGUUCAUAGUAUGCAGAAAGGUUCACUUGGUGCAUCUGGUUCAAUGGUUCUUCCUUCGCAACUGCACACUACAGAGAAUUUAACAGAGCACAAGUUUGCAGCUCCUUAUACUAUUGGAACCUUCUGGCCUCCAAAAUCCCCUUCCGAGUCCACAAUCUGCACCAUUAACAGAAAUCCAGCUGAUUUUAGCAUGCCAGAUGCUGGAAAUGAGUACAUGAUUAGAGGAGAAGACUUGAAAUUUGGACAGAGAAAGAGACAUGGUUUAACUAGUGCAGACCAGCGCAGGCAACAGAGGAAUGCUAAACGCACAACAGAAAAGGAGCGGGCCAGACAUUAAAAUUUAUCAGGUUCCCGAUUUGCAUCGUGGUGACAUCUUCAGAUUUUCUCCAACUCCUGGGAAAUCUUUCUCUAGUGGUUUCAGAUUGCCAGUCAUUCUUCAUACUGGUUUAUAUCAGAAACGCAAUACUCCCUUUGAUUUUGCUAGGCAUUUCCCAUCUCUAAAGUUGAGCCUAAAAAACUAUGCUGGUUUUAGGUCAAGGCCUGUAUAUUAUUUUAUGCCUUGACCUCUUGCAAGUAAACUAUAUCUAAUGUUAUUUUCCAGUUUCAUUUGUCUUACUGUUAGAGUACAACAUAUCCCCUCUAUUUUCAGAAGGGUUUACUUUUAAGUCUUUUGUCUCGGAUGCUGCCUCAUUCCUGAUCGAGAAGUCAGUGAAUUAGCUGGCACAUGUGUUGUUGGAUUUGUGUAAAUUAAGAACCCCUUAUGGGUCAUCAAUAAGUGACUUAUUGUGUAGUAUUGUACUUGGUUGUAAUUUCUCAUAGUGUCCUCCCCCCAAAAAAAACUUGAGACAAUGUAUUGCUGGUGUGAUUUUAGACAAUAAGACUUGAGAAAUAUAAUAUUGUGGAAGCAAAUCAAA